AUGUGGAAGCUAGUUGGUUUUUUAUUUGUGUUGACGGCCAUUACGAGUGCUCAGAUACAAACGGGUAAUAUUUUGCUGCCGAAUAAUACUUCAUGGUACCUCUGCGCAUCAGAUGACGUUAACGGAAUAAGAUUUCUCGUCACAACGUCCGAUAAAAAUCUCACUUCAACACCAAACUUUGGCCACUUUGCGAAUGGAAGUGGCAUUCCCGAUGAACCGUGUUUAACCGGUGUUCUGGUUUAUGCUUCGACUUGGAGCAUGCUUAAUAUGACGCUCCAGGGAAACGAGUCAUCGGCCACGUAUACACAUGAAGCAUCAUGCCACGACCAAUGUGUUCAAAGCUGUGGUAGGGAAGAAUCAGUUCCUGCAACCUGGUGUCUUCGCGUAAGCAACCCCACAAUUCAUCCAACCUCUGUCAACAUCUCUCUCGCGUUUGAUGUACCGACUAUGAACACGACAAAUGACCCAUCAAUGAAUCCCGCAAAUGGAGGAGUUAAACAAGAUGGCGAUAUUAUUCUUAGUCUUGGUAUAGGGUGGAUUAUGUGGAUUUGUUUUGAAUUGUUUUUUCGAAUAGAUAUUGAGUAG